UCAUUGUGAGCGCGGCAGCAGUGGGAUAGGAAGGGGCAGGACCGGGCUCGUGCCGGGCGCGCCCCGCGGGUUCAGGAGUUCCUAAAUGCUGAUGGACAUUUGCAUCCCAACAUGGCAUCACCUUGAAGGAAGUCUGCACUCUCAGCAGUGAGCCUGGUAAGAGGAAAGCUGUACACUGACAGUUCCCUGACUGCAUUUCCCUCUGCUUGGUGUGGUGAACGCUUGCAUUGAUGAAGAGCAGCAGAGAAGAUGCUGGCGUAUUGAUUUGGGAGUGUGCGAGUCAGACGGAGUGAAUAGGACUUGCAUUGCCUGGACAUGACAGCAGAGGAGGGACGAUUAUCUGGGGUUGUCAUGUAGGCAGAUGUUUUGGAACUAGUAAUGCUUUUCUGCCAGCCAAGACCCAACGGGAAGAAAACAACAUAGUUUGACGGAUGCAGCACAAAACAUAAUACUCAGCUCAGCUUCUGACAUGAAGAAAGAUAUCGACACCUUAAUAGCACAGGAAAGAGCUGAGAUCAUCGCCAAGUAUGAAAAGGGAAGGCAGGAAGGAGCUCAGAUUGACCCAUGGGAAGAUGCUGACUUCACCCUGUAUAAGGUCACGGACAGAUUUGGAUUUCUCCAUGAACAAGAGCUGCCGAUCCGCAGUGCGGUGGAAGAGAAGCACAAACUGCAGGAGAUAGAGCGAGUGGACAAAUGGCUAAAAAUGCUGAAGAAAUGGACCAAAUAUAGAAGCAGCGACAAGAUGUGCCGCAGGGUUUACAAAGGGAUCCCCCUCCAGGUGCGAGGCCAGGUCUGGUCGCUCCUGCUGGACAUUGAGAAUGUGAAGCAGGCAAAUGAAGGGAAGUAUGAGAAAAUGAAAGAACAAGCCAAGAGCUUCUCAUCAGAAAUCAAGCAGAUAGAUCUGGAUGUCAACCGCACCUUUCGAAAUCACAUCAUGUUCCGGGAUCGCUAUGGAGUCAAGCAACAAGAACUGUUUCAUGUCCUGUCAGCCUACUCUGUUUACAACACGGAAGUGAGCUACUGCCAAGGAAUGAGUCAGAUCGCAGCCAUCCUGCUGAUGUACCUAAAUGAAGAGGAUGCAUUUUGGGCACUGGCACAACUAUUGACCAAUCAGCGGCAUGCAAUGCACGGGUUUUUCAUUCCUGGGUUCCCGAAGCUGCAGCGGUUUCAAGCCCACCAUGAGCAGAUUUUAAGCAAACUGUUUCCAAAGCUGAAGAAGCACAUGGACAAGGAGCAGAUGACUACAGGGAUAUACACAACGAAGUGGUUCCUGCAGUGCUUCAUUGACCGGACACCAUUUACUCUCACCUUGCGGCUGUGGGAUAUCUACAUCCUGGAAGGAGAGCGGGUUCUGACAUCUAUGGCUUACACCAUCCUCAAGCUGCACAAAAAACGCUUGCUGAAGAUGUCCCUGGAAGACUUACGUGAAUUCCUACAGGAGAAAAUUUCUUCAUCUCUGCACUAUGAAGAUGACGCUGUUAUCGAACAACUGCAAGUGUCCAUGGUCGAGCUGCGCAAAGCAAAAUUUGACCUUCCGCCUCCAGCAAAGCCUGAAGAAUUCCCAAAGAAGCCACUGGGACUGGAGCUUUCUUUAAAUCUCAUGGCAGUGAAGCCCAGCAUUGCAGCCAAUGGCCAGAAUAAAACAGUGGGUGACCUCAGUCCAGAAAGAGAUGCAAAGCAGUCACUGCCAAACAAUAGCUCCAUACAUCUGAAUGAUAUUACCUGCAAUGAGACUGUGGCAAUAAAGGACAGGACCCUUGCACUCCAGCAGGAUGGAUCUCCCUCCCCAGCAGCAGCAGCAGCAGCCACCACAGACAUGCAUCAGGAUCCAUUAAAGGACCACGAGGAAACCCAGCAAGGAGGGAAAAAACAGGUGGAACCACCAAAGGAAGUGGCUAGUGAAAGCCCAUCACAGGAGUUGUCUUUGCCAGAGGAGAAUGAAAUUCAGGCCCUCCUGGAAAGCCAGGAGGUACCUGCAGUGAGCAGGAUGACUCCCUCCCAAGAAGAUCCUCAGGUUCUUAGUGCUGGGAGAUGUAAAGAGGACCUGCAAGAAAAUUCUCCCUCUCCUGAUGUUGGCAACACAUGCUGCAUUGUUUCUUCGGCUGCUCAGUUACAGACACUGCCACAAGAACAGCCUGAUGUGGUAGCAGUGGACAGCUUGGCUAGUGAGAUGGGUGAGCCAAGCCAGAACCCCCAGGGAGAUUUGCCCAUUGAUCACAACCACACGUCAGCAGGAGGAGAGUCCCCAGAGCCAACACCAUCUCUCCCCUCCCUCACGGAGCAGAGCUCCUUGGAAUCCACCAUUCCAAAUGUGCCAAGCCCUCAAGACACGAGCACCACCACCUCCUCUGUGGAUAUACCAGAAGGAGUUGCUCCACCCUCUCUGGAAGAACAGCCGUGGCCUCCGUGUCCAGAGCUCUUCCCACCAUCAGAACAGGAUCUUGCUCCUCAGGCUUUGCCAGAGGAAGCGCAAGCGCCUCUCAUGGGCAUGGAGAAGACUCUGGUAACUCUCCCUCUUCCUCUCCUGGAUGGAAGGCGACGGCCUUCUAAUGUGUCUCAGUAUGAUAACUUUCCUGAGUGGGAGAGCAGAGAGGACAAACCUUCUGGGCAGGCGUCCAGCAUGGAGAAACUCAGUGGCAUAAUGCCACAUGAGAAACUGGAUCUCAAAUGCUCGGUACCCAAAUCAGCAUCCGUGGGUGAGAUUGCAGAUCUGCAGAGGCACGCACAUGGGUGCGGAGACUCAACCCAGCAGCCCCUGGGGCUGGGCUGCUCAGCCUUCAACUCCCUCCCUCACCAAAGGCCUUCUGGCAGCAGUGGCAGUGUGCCAGUCUUACCUACACUUGGCCCCAGAGUGGUUCAGCUGGCAGAGGGUCUCCAUUCCCACCAUAUGUCAUCCCCAACCCUGAAGGAGCAAAACAGCCCCUAUAAAAUUGUAAAGACCACCACCCCACUUCAUUUGGCUCAUGCCACAGAGCAAGACUGCUUGAACAGAAAGCGAAUGGCGCUGCCUUUGCAAGAGGCUAGCCCUCGUGUGGCUGCUGCCUCUAGGGCAGAUGAUGGAGGGGCCCUUCCUCCCACAGCAGAACUCAAGGCUGUGGCUGCCAAAAAGACUGUCCAGACAGCAGUAAAUGCGCUGAGGGACCCACGUCCCCCUCUCAGCCCAAAGCCAAAAAUACCACCCAAGAUUGCCAAAACCCAUUCGGAGAACAGUUUUCAUCUGCCCCCUUGGCCCCCAGCACAAAUGUCCAAAUCAGAGUCAUUUUAGCAGGGCUAGAGAGUGAAGAGAGGACUCUCAUCAUGUUACCUUGUCUGUUCUAGAGACAGCCUGAAAAUAAGGUUUGCCUCUAAAAGGCAACGCAGCCCAGGGUAGAGAGAGGAGGCGAUGGCAGGUUGGGUUGUGCUAGGUACGACUGCCUGGGGCAACGCUAAGUUGGACAGGAGUGGGAAUUGUUCUCAGUAUUACAAAUGUGCUGGUACCAGGAGGCGGUUAAAAAAUAUCCGUGCUUUCUUUUCUAUGAA